AUGUUCGCUCUGAUCGCCGCCAGCUGGGCGCUGUCGCUGUUGCUAGGCGCUCUGCCUAUUAUGGGCUGGAACUGUCUGCAUCAUCUCAAGUGGUGCUCCACCGUCUUGCCACUCUACGCCAAGAGCUACAUCUUCUUCUGCGUGUUUGUGUUCCUGACCGUCCUGCUGGCCAUCGUCCUUCUGUACGCACGCAUCUUUCACUUCGUCAAGUCCAACACGCAGAACCCGAGCUGCGUUCAGCGCAAACCCUACGGCCAUCGCUCGCUGAAGUACAUGGCUCUGCUGAAGACCGUCACCAUCGUGGUGGGAGUGUUUAUCGUGUGCUGGAUGCCGCUGUUCGUGCUCCUGCUGAUGGACUUCGUGUGUCCCGUGAAGACGUGUCCUGUUCUCUUCAAGGCUGAUUACUUCCUGGGCGUGGCCAUAACUAAUUCCCUCAUUAACCCCGUCAUUUACACGCUGACGAGCAGAGACAUGCGCAGGGCUAUUCUGAAGCUGCUCUGCCGCCGCUGCCUGAUGACCAAAGACGGCCGCGUGAGGAAGAUCGGCAUCCGCAUCAGCUUCACGAAGACAGACGUGAACCGCCAGGGACUGGAGACGACCAUCUCGUCCGGGAACGCCACCACCUCACCCAUCAAAUCCAUCUACCCCAAACUCAAGCUCUCCGUCAUCGCGUAAGCUCUCUUGAAGCCCGAGCACAUUUCAGGCUCUGGACUGAAUCGUGACAAAUCGAACCUAAUUAAAGGCAGUCACAAACCCAGUCACAAACCCUCAUGCAGCCUGAAAGAGAAACGGUUUCAAACACGACAGUCGCUUUUGCGAUAUGGACCUGAAAUCGUGAGCAGAAAGAGGUCUUUGCAUAAGUGUUUUUCAGCAUUUCAGCAUUCGGUCCUUUACAUGAGUCAGUCACAGUUACAUUUGCACAAAUACUCAGAUAUCAGUUCAUCAGCCA